ACAGUCAAAAACGUGGAGAGCUUGGGGGUUUAUUAGGGUUUUGCACAGAGCAACCGACCGAGCGAACGAGAGACGGAGAGACAACAUGAGCCGGAGCUUGGGAAUUCCGGUGAAGCUACUGCACGAGGCCUCGGGGCACGUGGUCACGGUCGAGCUCAAGAGCGGAGAGCUCUACAGAGGUAGCAUGAUCGAGUGCGAGGACAACUGGAACUGCCAGCUCGAGAACAUCACCUACACCGCCAAGGAUGGGAAGGUCUCACAACUUGAGCAUGUCUUUAUUCGAGGCAGCAAAGUGAGGUUUCUGGUCAUACCAGACAUGCUGAAGAAUGCUCCAAUGUUCAAGCGCUUGGAUGCCAGAAUCAAGGGAAAGGGUGCAGCUCUUGGAGUUGGCAGGGGUAGAGCGGUUGCAAUGCGGGCCAAGGCUCAGGCUGCUGGCCGUGGAGCACCACCAGGUAGGGGUGUUGUACCACCUGUUCGGAGGUAAUCAACCUCUGAGUGGUUUCUUGUCCUAAUCAUUCUAGACUUCUGUUGGUAGCCUGUGGAAUCUUUAGAUCCUUCUCUUGACAUCCUCAAAAUUUAUGUAAAAGAAUGAGUUUUUGUUUGGGAAAAAAGAAGGUGGAGAGUCUGGAGACCAUAUUUUCUGGAUCUUGGACUGAUCUCACUUUAUUAGAUGUAUGCUAUUGCAAAUUACCUUCUAUUAUGUACUAUUAAGUCUAUUAUUUAUGUAAGUGAGUUGUCUUUCGUGUUU